GGUCAAAUAGAACUACAAAUAGCCAUCUCCAAAACUCAAAUUCCUCAAAUACCUCAUCUUCAUCUUUCUUUCACUAACCCUAACCUAAAGUCACCUUCCAAAAUCUGUCAAAGAUGUCUGCUAUUCGUACCUCUGGAUCCGAAACCUCUCCGGAACAAAAACAACCAUCGCCGAAAACGCAGAAAUUGGGUGAUGAUGAUGACAACAAGGUUAAAUUGUUUCCCUUCAAGGGUUUUGAGAUAGAACAGCAAUUUGAGAUGACGCGUGAGGAUAAUUUGAGGUACAACAAACAGGUCAAGGAGAGCGGGGGGUUUGAUGUUGAAGCUUUCCACCCUUGUUCCUAUUGUGUUAUACGACCUUUGAAAUUAAACAAGAGACUUCGUAAGAAGCUUGAACGCUAUUCAAAGAGGGCAAUUGCCGAAUUUAACUUGAAAAAUAGUACAAAUUUCCAGUUUGUGAAGGUCCACAAGGCAAAUGCACGGGUGGUCAGUGGCCUGGUGUAUUAUAUUACGUUUGUUGCCAAGGAUCCUGCUGCUACUGAAUUUGAGAUCUUCCAAGUUUCUUUGCAUGCUCCUAUCGGUGCAGACAUAAAGAUCCACCUUUGUCAGAUUAAACCAAAGGCUUAGGCCCCGUUUGAGGAC